GUCUCGGAACCCGCGGAUCUCGCGCCAGAGCCGAGCUCGGCCUUGGCAUCGGUCUUCGAGUUGUAGCUCGUAGCUCGAAGAACCGCAUAAAUAGCCAAGGCUUAAGUUGUGCGAAGGCACGCGCAUAUAGUGCUCACUCACUCCGAGAGAUAACAGAGCAAACUGACACGUCUGCGGCGUCUUUGGAGCUGUCAAAAAAUACAAGCGCUGCGCAAAUCAGCUGUGCUCGGCGCACCCCGCGAAGCAAUUUUAUUUACAGCAAGCAUGGCAUCCGCCAAGACCGCCGCCGCCCUGCAGCGCAUGCGCCUCGACCCGGACAUUGUCGCGGAGCGCCGCGUCGCGGCCACGCCCGUCGCAGCGGCGCCGCCGAUGCAACGCGUGCCGCUGAACGUCGUCCGUCAAGCGCACGCGGCCAACGCGGCGACGCGCCGCCUCGUCGAGAUUGUCGGGCUCGCCAAGCUCGAGGCCUUCACGACGCGCUUCUACGAGAAGGCCUUCGAGGAUCCCAAGCUCGACGCGUUUAUCCGAGAUCAUGGGGAACCGCACGCGAAACGCUUCGCCGCUUGGAUCUUCGAGAAGCUCGGCGGCGGCAACGUGUGGACGGCCGAGCGUCGGACGAGAAAGAUGUGCCCGUUCUCGGCCCACGGCCAGGAUUUCAUGUCCGCGCACGACCGCUCCUCGGCUCACUUCGCCGCCUGGCACAGUCCGAAGCGUGAUCCCCAGGUAUGGGGUGAGCAUUUUAAGUGAAUGCGGCGUCCAAAUCAACUAUUGUUCGAUCGCUCAAAUAUUGGGCCUCCGCGCAGGCUGGACGACUGCAGAGUGUGGAUGCGCCUGCAUUUCUGGGCGGCGCGCGAGACUGGCUUAUUUGCGGAGCAUCCGGCCUUCAUGGACUACUACGUGCGGUUCAUCGGGCACUUCGUGAGCGUCUACGAGCGGCUUGCGCCGCCCUUCGCGCGCGAGUCCGCUAGAUGGUCCGAGAGCCCCGCGAACGUCGAGGCGUACCUCGCGACCAAGCAGAUGCCCGACGUCGUCGGCGUGUCGCCGCGCGAGGCGCUCCAACAACUACCGGCCGCAGAGCGCGCCUACACCGGGUCCAGCGCGAGCCGCCCGCUCUGGCCCUACGCGUGAGCCCCCGUCGUGUCUGUGUAAGAAGACUGUCUAACACAAAAGGGAGCUUAUAUCCGUCACGAAUUGGAG